AUGGAUGACGGGGUGGACCUCCCGAGCCAAUUCCUCUUCUUCCACCCGGAGAUGCCCGGCACCUUCGGCGACCUCCUGGGCGACGCCGCCGCCGCGACCUGCACCCACACGCACACCUGCAACCCUCCCGGCCCGUCGGCCGCCACGCACACCCACACCUGCCUGCACACCCACACCCACCAGCUCUUCGCCGCCGGCAGCGAGGACGACGACGCGGCCAGGCCCCGCCGGCCGCUGGGGAACCGGGAGGCCGUGCGCAAGUACCGGGAGAAGAAGAAGGCGCACGCCGCGUACCUGGAGGAGGAGGUCAAGAAGCUGCGCGCCGCCAACCAGCAGCUCCAGCGCAGGCUGCAGGGCCACGCCACGCUCGAGGCCGAGGUGGUGCGGCUGAGGGGCCUCCUCUUCGACGUCCGGGCCAAGAUCGACGCGGAGGCCGCCGGCGCGUUCCCGUUCCAGAAGCAGUGCAGCGUCGGCUCCGUGGCGUGCACCGACCCGACCCUCUGCUUCAACAAUGGCAACUCUGAGGUCGGUGGCGCCUGUUGGGAGGACAGCUCCGGACCGGCAGCUGCAGAUUGCAGGUUCGACGAAGAUGGCAAUGGCGAUGGCAAUGGCGGCGCGUUGCGGGAUACCGAUGCUCCGGAACAACCGGCGCGUUCCAGGGAUGUCGUUGAGCUCUGCUUCCCUAGCUGA